UGAUGACAGUGGUGUGUCAGGUGUUGCAUUAAAACUUAUAUAAAUAAAGUUAAGAGUGCUUGUACAUUACCUGUUUUACGAAGAACCUCUUAAGAUGUCGCUGACUUUGCUGUGUAUGUUGUUAUCUGGUUUUAUAUGUCUGACAAACGGAGGGAACCCUUUACAGACCGACGUACGGACAAAAGUUAAUUUGUUAAAAUCGUUAAUCUACGACAACACUAAAGCCACGGUUACACUGAAUUCAUCAGCUUUCAAACAACUUGUUCAUCUGUGUUCAGCUACAGAUUCAUCCAGUUCUCCAAAACGAGUGAGCUUUUCGGCCAGUAUAGGAUCAAAUUCUCUUACACUCGGAAAUGGACAAACAUUGAAGUUUGAGACAAUCUUGACAAAUGAUGGGAACGCAUAUGAUGACAGAACGGGGGUGUUUACGUGUCCUGCGGCGGGAACCUACAUGUUUGUUGUCGAUGCUUUAUCUUACCCUGGACUCUGGUUAUUUUUGAAAGUCAACGAGAAAACGGUUGCUAAAGUUCACGUGUCUUCUAAUUAUAAAGACAAACCUUUAGUCCAAAUAAGUAGGACAGUCAUUGUAAAAUUGAAAUCUGGGGAUCAUGUCAAAGUUGAAAAUAUCGGAAAUAACGGAUUCAUAUACUAUAAACUUUACUCAGGAUUUUCAGGAUUUCUCUUGUACUGACUAAAGACAAAAUUGUGAUUCUUUCUAACCAUAACGAAAGCAGUCUCUGACGAAUAUUAACCCGAACUGUGUAUAAAUAAUGUGACAUUGUUUGUGUUGAACCUUUCUAAAAAAUAUGGAGUGGUUAAAGUGAUAGUUGAGACCUUGAUUUUUUUAAAUUAUCUUAUAUUAUGCAAUAACUAACAUUGAAAAAAAAAACCCCUCAGAAUUACAUUUGCCCACACUAUAAAUAUAUUUUAGAAUCUGGUGGUUUUUUUCAUUGAUGUUUAAAAAUUCCAGGAAUAAAUGUGUAAUGUUUUGUACUUAGUACACAUUAUAUCAAUAAUUCUGGAAUGUUUUGU